AUGGCUCACCGAUGCUGCGUACUUGCGUUGUUAAUUCUGGAUAUUUGGAUCGCUGGAGCCAUAGCUGGUGCUAUCGGUGAUGCAUCCGUGCGGACAAAGUUCAAGCAGUGGAUGGCUAAAUAUGGGCGGGUCUAUACAGAUGCAGCAGAGGAGGAGCGGCGAUUCCAAAUCUUCAAGGACAACUAUGAGUACAUCGAGUCCGCAAACAAAGCUGGCAAUCGUACGUAUACGCUCGGCCUCAACCAUUUCGCGGAUAUGACCGACGAAGAGUUCCAGGAGGAUCAGGACUCAUGUCUUGACCCAACCCCUCCGCAUUUGGAGUCCAUGACAGGAAGCUUUCGGUAUGCCAACGUGACCGACGUGCCCGAAGUCGUGGACUGGAUAGCCAGUGAUGCAGUCACUCGCUGCGAGAGUCAAGGCCACUGCGGGAGCUGUUGGGCGUUCUCUGCUGCAGCUGCCAUUGAAGGAAUUAAUGCAAUCAAGACUGGGCUUUUGGCCCCUGUGUCGGUGCAACAACUCGUGGACUGUGAUGUUGCGAGCCAUGGAUGCAAGGGGGGAGGCCGGGACCGCGCCUUCUUUUUCGUCCUCGUGAAUGGAGGCAUAGCGGCGGCACUUAAUUACAGUUACACGGGACGUCAAGGCGAGUGCCGAGGCGGAGUUCCCCCGGUAGCAACUAUUCGCAGCUACGAGGCGGUGCCUCCAAAUAACGAGUCUGCGCUCAAGCAGGCGGUCGCGAACCAGCCUGUUGCAAUUGCCCUUUGCACCAGAAAUCCGAGAGACAUCAAGUGGUACAGCGGUGGUCUGUUCAAAGGUCCGUGUGGAACUUGUCAGAACCACGCUAUGACUGUUGUUGGUUACGGGAUACAAGACACCUUGGAUCCGUCGUCUAAAUAUUGGGCGUUGAAGAAUUCAUGGGGUGAAGAUUGGGGUGUGAAUGGAUUCAUGUUCAUCCAACGUGAAGCUGGUCCACCAGAAGGGCUUUGUGGUCUUGCCAAGACGCCCAUUUACCCAGUAAAAUAA